GCCUCGUUUUCAUGUUGCCGUCACCAUUCCCUCUCGGCCGUCAGCCAUUUUGGAAUAAGGUGUAUUGAGAACUGAGGAAUAUGAUAUACAUCGUAGCCAUAGCAACCUGCCUAGCGCACGUCAAGGCCAGAUCUCACUGCGUUGGCACCUGCUAUUCUGGAGGAUUUCUCCCAGAGCCCCAAGACAUCUUUCAUGGAAAACAUCUCAACGGAUACUCCUACAAGAACAUCACCACUGAUGAUCCAGUCAAGUGCUACUCAUCUUGUGUCCAAGAUUGUCGUUGUAAGGCGUGCCAGAUGAAAGAUGCAGAAUGUGAGUUGCUGGAUGAGGACAAGAAUUCCAGAGGUGGCGACUUCAAAGAUGAGUCCGGAUACGUUUACUUUGAUCUCAAGCAGACAAUGUACCAAGAGGAAUCCCACAUGGUUCCACCAGGUGUUUGCUAUAAUGGCUGCUGUCGAUCUCAGCCCUGCAURAACGGAGGGACAUGCGUAGAGCGCUGCGAGUCACCUAAAGAAAAGUUCACCUGUACAUGUCCCUCUCUGUUUUUUGGAAAAGUAUGCGAAAAACAGACUCUGCUUUCUUGUCUAGGCAUCUUGAAGUCUGCUGAGGGCGGUGCUUUUCCAAGUGACGGAGUCUACACAGUUAAUAACACAAGAACUGGGAUAGCAAAGACAAAUCAACUUUAUUGCGACUUCGAGCCUCCCAACAUUGCCUGGACUUUGAUCGAAUCUUUUUCGAGAGAUGAAAACAAUUGGUACAAAUUGAAAGCGUUCCAUCAACCUGGUGGUCGAAACAAUGCUCCAGACGACCGGCCAGAUUCACACUGGAACGACUACAGGACAGGAGUCAAAUUGAUUAGGCAAAUCCACGAUGACAACUCGAUGUACCGAUCCACAUGUGAUUUCCCUAAUCGAAAUGGUAACCUCAAACCCGACUACUUAUUUGGUUACCUAAGUGACUAUGACAUCAUCAAACACGGAGACUUGUCACGCGAUGGAGAAUGCAUUAUGUAUUCGUACCUGAACAUUAGGAACCACGAAUUCCAUAAUGUAACAAUUCCCACAUGGCACAAAAAGGACGAACAUCAUUUACACAUCGGAUACCCUACACACAUAUCACCAGCAAAAUGCGGAUUUCAGCCAUUAUCAGGUGCAGUAAGCGGCGAGGCUUGCUUUGGAUAUUAUGGUAAUUACCACCCACAGUUCAAAUGUACUGAGACUGGGAGCUCAACUACCCAGUGGUGGUUAGGGGGGAAGCUGGAAUAGAGUGACAGCAGGUCAUCAACAUAGAACACAAUUAAACUUUUUUUCGACUUUAUAGAGGAAGGCAAUGCAUGGAAAUUGUUGAUACUGAAGCUAUAAUCAAUGUUUACACUAACAGCUGACUGUGUGUUUAGACUAGUGUUUAGAGCUUGUUGAUUGACCUUCAAGAUGGCCGCAGACUUUUUGUCAAGGAAACGUGACCUCACACAUGAAUAACAGUAAAAUGAAAUCAAAUCUUUAAGGUAUUAAUA